CACUGCACUACGAACUCUUCAACACAGAAAAUCUCCCCCAAGACGCACACACUAUAUAUAAUAUAUAUAUAUAUAUAUAUUUCUCAAUCACUGCUUUUGCAAUUUCUUCGCGCUCCGGACUGACCGUUCUGAAGAGUUAGGUUCUCAUCGCUUUACUGGCCGGGAACAGUGAUAUUUUUUUUUGUUAAUGAACUGAAGCCAUGAAGCCAAGAGUAUCUUCCCUGAAUCCACAUGCAGCAUCAUACAUUCCGCUCUCCCAAAGAGAUGCAAAUGAUAGAACUUAUGUGACAGCAAAAGACUAUAAAAGUGGCAAUGAGUCUGUCCGGUUUGGAGCCCCUGACCAGCUCUAUAGCAAAUUUUCUCUCAACCCUAAUGCCUAUGGUACUGAAAAAAACCCCAGUCGUGAAGUUUUUACAGUGAAGAGCCACCCUGCCCAUAGUUACAGUUCACCACCACAAAAUGUGAAUCAAGCGACAGAUAAGCAGAUACUGGAUGAAGAAUUUGACAUGGAUUUUGAAUAUCUUCAGAUGACAUUUCCUGGUUUAUCUGAUCAGUCCCUUAAUGAUGUCUAUUUGGCAAAUAAUGGUGACUUGGAAGCCACUGUUGACAUGCUGAACCAACUUGAGCCCCUUACCAAUAGUUUGACUUCAGAUUAUGCUCCAGCCUUUUGAGUCUUCUCAAAGUCUUCCAGACACUUUGGACAUCGGCGAUGUCUCAGAAUUUGGAACUUCAGCCGAUUGUGCACCACUGAAACUGAAGAAUGUAGAAGGCGAAACCAGUGCUGCUUCAUCCAGCUGCUAGGGCUUGGGCGAUUGUCUACUGAUUGACCUUGUGAUGAACAAUCUCAUUUGUUUUUGGUUGGUAUAUUUGAUCUUGUGGAUAAGAAACAUAUAAAUAGAGCAUCUUCUUGGAGAUGGCAGACAUCAGACGUUAUUGUAUAGUCCUCUGCUGCUUGUUCUUCACUGUUCCCCCUCUUUUGUUUUGUUUUUUUUUUUUUCUGAGGCUCAUUGUUUUUGUUUGAUGGGUCAGAUUCCCCCUGUGCGGUGUGCAGUUAUGGUGCAGAUUGCAGUUAGUUCAAAAUGAGAGGAUAUUUGCUGUUU